AACAUAGCCUUCGGAAAAUAUAAAAAAAAAUACCCGUCAUCUGAGACCUGCUUGGGAAACACAGCAUCAAGCGGUGACACAAGAAGACAUGAAGAGAGUGAUCUGGAAGGGCGUGACCCGAUGAUAUGCGCGACACGUUACUGUUCUUGAAUGGGCCACGGUCCAGUUCUUCGUGAAGACGACUUGGCGGAAUGCCGCGAUUCUGCACGAAGGCCUCUUGUUACGGUGACAGCUUUCCCAGAGCCACUCUGGUGGGUCAAAAGCCAACAACUGCUGCAAGAGCCUUUGUUGACUUAUUGAGGUUCAAAGGUCCAGUCCAUAUUAGCCUCCUUGCUGGCACUGCCCAACUACUGUACUGUACCGUACUGUUCACCGUCUUCUACCCGCAACUAAAUGAUCCCUCUCGACACUGUUGUUUUUCGGCACAAACUGCCGGCUCGCCAAUCAGGCUCUCUAUCAUGGCCCCUGGAAGCUUGGGAGAUCGACAUUCGGUUGAUAGUCGGAACAAUAGGUAGCGAUGUGCGGAAUCAACUUGUUAAGGCAAUGCAGUCCAUAGUAAGGGAAGGGGGGCCCCGUGGGGCUUUCUAUUAAGGAAGCUCCACAUCCCACUAUUCAACAUU